AUGGCCCAGCCCUGGGACUACAUCGCGAAGAUCGUCUCGCUGGGCGACUCCGGUUGCGGAAAAUCCAGCCUCACCGUGCGCCUCUGCGAAGGCCGCUUCUCCCCGCACCACGACGUAACCAUCGGCGUAGAAUUCGGCUCGCGCAUCGUCCCCGUGGGCCCGCCCGCCUCACAUGCACUGCGCAUCAACGACCCCUCGCGCCCCGAUGCCGCGACCGCCCCCGCGCCCGCCAAAGACGCCGCCCGCGACCCGGCGCAGAAACACAUGAAGCUCUCGCUGUGGGACACGGCGGGCCAGGAGACCUACAAGAGCAUUACGAGGAGUUACUUCCGCGGCGCAUCGGGCGCGCUGCUAGUCUUCGAUAUCUCGCGCCGCAACACGUUUCUCAGCGCGACGAGCUGGCUGCACGAUCUGCGGCAGAUCGCGGAAGACGGCAUUGUGGUCGUGCUGGUCGGCAAUAAAUCCGAUCUCGCGCCCGCAUCUACAGUGUCUGGUGCUGAUACCCCCGCUGACGCCGCCAACAAGCGCCAGGUCCAGCGCGACGAGGCCGAGGCUUGGUGCGCCGCCAACGGCGUCAUGCAGUACGUCGAGACGUCGGCGAAGAGCGGGGAGGGCGUGGAGACGGCGUUUCUCGAGGUUGCGGAGCGCAUCUAUCAGAAUAUCGAGGCCGGUAAGUAUGAUCUUAAUGACCGCCGGAGCGGGGUCAAGGGGCCUGGCGCUGGGGGCGGUAACCGCGCGGGGUUGAGUCUGGGGAUGAACGAGGCGGCGAAGAAGGGGAGACAGCAGGGGUGGGGCGGGGGCUGCUGUUAG